UAAUAUUCUCCCUUUGCGCAUAUUGUAGCCAACCUGGAAUCUCUGCAAAUCACAAGUCUACCCAUCUUUACUAACAGAGGCCCAACCAAUUCCAAUACCUUUCUUUCCUUCCUACUUUCUCCUCCAACACUCAGCAGUUCCCACGGUCCUUAACUUCUGCCAGUUAUCAUUGCAAUCACUUGUAUUCAGAACUAAGCUCUUGGAAAGCAAAGGCUGGCUCUUAUUCACCCUUGUGGCCCCUGCAGUAGCAGUUCUGAGCCCUCCGGGUGAGCACGCUCAGCAAAAUCCCCUGGGGGCUUAUUAACAGACUCAGGGCCCAGCCCCAGACUCUGCGAUUUAGUGGGGAUGAGCCUGGAAAUCUGUAUGUGUUUUUCAAGUGUUCCAGGUUUUCUGCCAACAAGUCGGGUUUGGGAAGUUAAGGUCUCACCUGCAAAUGCAGCAUGGAAACGUCAGCAGGAUUUGUCCCAUUAAAACCCGGACACACAGCAAUAACAAAGGCGCUGGUGUCCUAAGGCUAAUGCGUGGGGCUCAAACCCCAGCCUGCAGGAACUCACCCCCGUGGUCAGAGCCGGGCCGAUGGGGGUGGACCUGGGCUGGUGCUCCUGACUCUGGGGAGAGGGAGACUUCCCGUGACCCGGGAAACUACUAUCAACCGGAAAAUCAGAGAAGCACAGAAGAUUCAAAAACACGAACGAUAACGCUGGCGAUUCCUUUUAUAUCUGGGGUAAAAAACAAAAACACACCAAAACAAAAGCCUGAACUUGUACACACACGCGCGGAAAAAAAACGUUGCUCCAGGGAAAAGCAAUCCAGACCCAGGCGGGAGGGCUGCGGGCUAGAGGGCCGGACACUGCUCCACGUGCGAAGGCGGAGGGAGGGACUCUGCGCCGGGCUGACGCGGAGCUACCCGGCGCGUGGGGGCCGCACACAAAGGCCGCGGGGCCGGCGCUGUCCCCGGCCCGCGUCUCCAGUAAGAGCCCUUUCUUCCUACGCAGCGAACAUGGCGGAGCGCUCCGGGGCUCCGGAGCUGCAGUGCGCACGCCGGGGCUGGGGCCGGGCUGGAGGCGGGCGCGCUUGCCCGCCCUCUCCUCCCGCCGACCACCUCAGGCGCCGCGGCCUCCAGGCCGCCACCAGCCCGCCCGCCUGCCCCCUUCUCCUCGCCCGCAGGGCAGCCCCUCACUCACCGGCAGCCGGCGAGCGCUCGGGCUCCGGCAGGUCUCCGAACAGGUCCAUGGCAGAAGCUGAUCGGCGGAGGCGGACACGCAGCCCGCGAGCGGCGGCGGCGGCGGCGGCCUGCACCCUCGGUGAUGGCAACAGCGGCUGCUGGGCGGUGGCGGUCAGGGCGCUGUCAGUCACCCGAGGGCGGGCCCGAAACGCCACCAAUUGGCGCGCGACGUGGCUUGGCCGCCCCAGAAUCCUACGCGCGGGCGAAAAAGGGUGGCGAGGGGGCGGGGCCGAGCGCACGCGCACUGGGCUCCAGGACCGCGGACCGGAAGCUGAGGCCGCCAUGUUUCCUGGGGAGUCCUGGCCUCUUCUGCUGAGCUGUAGCCCAGGCAUCCGUCCCAAGAAGGCCUGUCCAGAUCGGAAUGUCUAAGUUCAAGGGCAACUAUAGUGAGCCCUGAAGUCUGGGAAGGCUCCAUGGAGCUUUUCACAGGCGUCUGCCCCGUCGCCCACACACCCCCAGUGGGGGGCGGAUGUCCGUGCCUAGAUCAUUCAUUGUAGAGCUCGAGAAACCGGGGCUUCAUUGAGCGGCCCUGGGCGUUAGGGCUGAAACCAAUUAAGACGCCAGAUGGACAGGAGGCAGCCCUGCUCUGCCUACACCCUUCUGGCAGGUGUGGGGGAGCGGGACGGAAGGAUGUGAUGUUCCAGAAAAGCAGCCUGUGACCAGGGAUGGCCUGGCACACGCGGCCCUUUCUAUUCUAAGCCCAGUGUGGACGAAAAGGGGCGGCAUACUAAACCUGACAGCUCAGGGGGCAACUGCAUGGUGGGCUUUAUACACUCAGACCUGAAGUAACCGCAUGGGAUGGUCUGAAUGCAAAACUUUCUAGGUGGAUAUCUUCCUUGACAAAGAUCAAUCUUUACCUUAACUGAGCCUGUCUGCUGUCUUUCUGCAUCUAUGGUAAUGAUAAUAUACCUACGGAAUACCUGGGUAAUCCCUUUUCCCAGAUCCCUCAGGGCAGUCUCCCACUAGAGAUUACCAUCUCUAUGUGCUGAAAAUGUUGAUUGUUAACUAUGCUGAACCCACCAAGGCAAAUGAAGUGUCUCUCCAUUUUACUUUUUUCUCAGAUAUUACCCCUGCUUUGCUUUCUCCUGCUUCCCUAAUCUACCACCAAUGGAUUUUACAUAGCUCCAGUUAUGCUACCUCCAACAAACUGCAAAACUGCCAUUACCCAGAGCAUUAUCUCAAUCUUGUAAGAUUUCACUUUUGGGCAUGUCCUCAAAAGUUGGCUCAAAUUAAACCUCUAUGACUUUUCGAAGGGCUGGACGUCCUUUCGUGGUCAGUGCCAGUUUGGGGCCAGACACUAGUUAGGUGUUUUGUAAAUGUUAGUUUUAUUUAAGCUCUCACAGCUUGUAAGGAAAGUAAUGCUGCCUUUCUUAGGUCUGCAGGGGAUUCCCCUGGAGUCUUAGGUGAGAUCCCAUUAGCACUGGAGUAAAAAGUCUAUUAUCAGGAAUGGAAAAACCUUGUAAUACAGGGGAUGUGUGUGUGUGUUUGCAGGAAUGCAAAGAAACUUGUCGACUCUAGGGCACUUGGGCUGGACACCCCAGAACCUCCUAUGAUAGGUAGAGUUCCUUGUGGGUUCUUGCCUCAUGAAGUUUAAAGAAUAAAAUUCCCAGACUAAAAGAACUUGUUAGUAAAAGAGUAGAAAUUUAUUGGAAGCAAAUACCAUUCCCACAUAGAGAGGGGUUCUCGAGGGGGUAACCAACUAAGCCCCUUUGUCUAAGGUUUUAAAGGCUGGAAGUUCUUUAUCUAUGCUCCCUUCUAAUUGGACUCCUUCCUCAUUUAUCUUCUGUGAAAAUUUGUCUUCCUCUUGUAACAUUUCUCUAUCCUCUGUGAAAGUAAGAUAAGCAUUCUGGAGUCUUGGGGCUACUUCUCUCCUUCACAUGUGCAUUCCUCUCUCACGAAUCCCCUUUUCCCCUAAAACUGCCUAUACUGUCUCUAAAAUUCACUACCAGGGGCUUUGUUUACGGUGGAGGGUGGAGCACAAAGGCUUGGA